UCUGAACGUUCACGGCCGGGUAACCGUGGCAAGCGUGAUUAUCAGAUGGUGAUCAUGCAUUUCUUGAACAAGGUUCACUUCAGUACGCCCAUGAACCCGCUCGAACUGGAGAUGUACCACCAGAUCAAGAAUGUGAUUGGUGUCAACCCGACGUUCUUCGAGUAUUUGUUUACGGUCGAUGCUGAUACAACAGUGGAGCCUUAUUCUGUCCACCGGUUGAUCUCUGCGUGCAUUCAUGACAAGAAGGUGCUUGGGGUUUGCGGUGAGACUGAACUAGCGAACACGAAGCAGUCGAUUAUCACAAUGAUGCAGGCAAUUGUCUACGAAUAUUUCAUCUCGCAUCACAUGGCCAAGGCUUUCGAGAGUCUGUUUGGAUCUGUUACCUGUUUACCUGGUUGUUUCACCCUAUAUCGUUUGCGGACUGCCAAUACCCACAAGCCCCUUUUGAUAUCCAACCAGAUGAUCCAGGACUAUUCGCAGAACCGCGUCGAUACCCUGCACAUGAAGAACUUGCUGCACCUCGGAGAAGAUCGAUACCUUACUACUGGCCAUCCCGAUCUUCUCUCUCAUGCUCCCGCU